CAAAAGGAUUGGCACUUGCCUUUCUCAAUCCGAGAAGGCCGAAGCUAUCCAGCUCUUGAUACCGCACCCACAUCAACAUUGCAUCACCUGCAGGUCAGCUUGGAUUGAUUCCAGUCCACGUGAGAGCCAACAAAGCACUCAUCUCGGGACAGUUUCAAGCCAUUGCAGAGGUAGAAUUCGGUAAAGGGCUGGAUUGGAUUAUCAUCAUCGUCUCCUUUGUGGUGGGUUAGUACUACCGGUAUUACAUAUAUAUCAGCCAAGAUGAAUGAACAAUAUGUAAUUGAUUUCCUGACGGGAAAGCUACCCUACACGAUGGAGCUGACCAUCCUUUGUCAGGCUUUCACUGGGGCAAUGGCAGUCCGUGGAGGCAGAAACAAAUAUGGGCAACUCCAUUGGUUCCAUGCUUUUGUUCUGUCCGCCAUGACGGGCUUUUCAGGGGGACUAUUCAAUUUCCUUUGGAUGGGGAAACCCACAAGCAUGAUAUCUAACGAUGUGGUGUUUGCAAGCGUUGUCAUCGCCUUUGUCUCUGUCAACUAUGUCCCGUUUUUCUUCCAGUUUGUCAGCUUGUUACCUGUCAAGAUGGUCAUCACGGCCUGGGCCAUGCUAUUUCGGAGUUUGGGGUUGUGCUCAUUUACCAGCAAUGCAUUCAACGCCUUUAAGGAUUCCCCUUCCAAAUAUUAUCCCGUUCCAGUAUUUGGACCCAUCUGGUAUGGAGUUAUGCUGGGUAACAUGGGAGGAUUUGCUUUGAAAGGCGUUGAUGGGCAUCUUUCUGGGGGAGUACCUUGGCCUUUCCAGAAUGGCAUGUUUUGUGGACCCUUUUUUCUCUUUUAUGCGCUCGAUGAUAAAGGUCCUAUUGGGGAAAUUGUCAGAAGUACAAUUGCCCCUCUACAUGAUUUUUUGCCCGAUCUCGAUCACAGGGGUUUUGCUGUCUUUUGUGUUGGUUUGUUCAUGCAAGUGAUUGCCAUUCUGCAGCUGCCUCUAUUCUUUGGUCCAUCCUUCAGCCCAUUUGUACUAGUCCACAAAGUUGUAAACUCUCCAUUGGAAGCAGCCCUUUCCAAAGAGAAAAGCAUCGAAAUGCAAGUAAAGAAUAUUGAAAGCACUCAAAGCAAGCAGGACGAUGACAGUGGUGUCAUCAAGCAACAAUCUACCCCCGCAAAAGGCAAGAAGAACAAGAAGGGCAAGAAAAAGAAAGCCUAGAGGCAGAUCAACAGAUAUUGGUUGAUGAUCUUGCGCGUUGCAACCUGUAUUCUAUCAUUCAUGUGAAAUCUAGCAGCAGGAUCUUAGGGUAACCAAAGAUUCUCAGCAUGGUAGCAUGAUACUAUGCUAACAGAAACUUUAAAUACCUGACAACCAAAGC